CUGAUCUCAAAGCCGCCGGCCCCCAGCGCCCGACUUCAGCCACCACCCCCGGGGAGAGGACCGACUGCCUACACCGCCGUCCCGGGGCUCCCUGGGCGGGGCCGACCCCAGGGAGCCCCCCGAUUGCCUCCCAGAGCGGGGUGGGGAAAGGGAUCUAAGCCCGCUGCCGCCUCCGAGCGAGCCACCAAGUGAGCGCCGGGACAGGAUUCCAGCGGCCGGAUAUGGGCGCCCGGCCCUCGAAACGGCGGCAACCCGCGGACCCGCCCAUAGCGUUGGACGCGCUGCCCCCCGAGCUGCUGGUGCAGGUACUGAGCCACGUGCCGCCACGCGCGUUAGUGACGCGCUGCCGCCCAGUGUGCCGCGCGUGGCGCGACGUAGUGGACGGGCCCACCGUCUGGCUCCUGCAGCUGGCCCGUGACCGCAGUGCCGAGGGCCGCGCACUCUAUGCGGUGGCCCAGCGUUGCCCUCCAAACAGCGAGGACGAGGAGGAGUUCCCACUGUGCGCCUUGGCGCGCUACUGCCUACGAUCGCCUCUUGGCCGGAACCUCAUCUUCAAUUCCUGCGGAGAACGUGGGUGCCGGGGACUGCGCCGAACGGUGGGGGCGAGGCCACGGGCGGGGCCGAAGGGCUUCAGAGGCUGGGAAGUGGAGCACGGCGGGAAUGGCUGGGCUGUGGAAAAGAACUUAACACUGGUGCCGGGGGCUCCUUCCCAGACCUGUUUCGUGACUUCUUUCGAGAGCUUCCCAUUGGCUGACCCAACAGGAAGUAGAGGAUGGUGCUUCAAGCGGCAGCUUGUGGACUUGGUAAUGGAGGGGGUGUGGCAGGAGCUGCUGGACAGCGCCCAGAUUGAGAUCUGUGUGGCCGACUGGUGGGGCGCCAGAGAGAACUGCGGCUGCAUCUACCGGCUCCGGGUCCGCCUUCUGGACGUGUAUGAAAAUGAAGUGGUCAAGUUCUCAGCCUCACCCAACCCGGUUCUUCAGUGGACUGAAAGAGGCUGCCGACAGGUCUCCCACGUCUUCACCGACUUUGGCAAGGGCAUCCGCUAUGUGUCUUUUGAGCAGUAUGGGAGAGACACGCGCUCUUGGGUGGGACACUAUGGCGCCCUUGUGACCCACUCCAGCGUGAGGGUCAGGAUCCGCCUCUCCUAGCCCACCAACCUGAUCAGGCCUUCCAGGACCUACUGCCACCUGCCAGACAUUAUUGCCAAUCAAGGGCUUUGCAGCUGGGGAUAUCGUGUGGCCUGUUCCCAGCAAGCCUCCACCGAAUCCCACUUGGGGCUACUUCAGCAGUGGCCCAGAUGCUGUUUGAGAAACCAGGAAUCCAACCGGGCUGUUCAGAGGUUCUCCAACUCUGUGUGUCAGGGGGGGUUCAAGGAAUAGCUUAAGACUUUUAUUUUGCCAGAAAAUUGUUUUCUUUCACAUAUGGAUGUUAGUUGGUAGACCAAGUCAAAAAACAAAGGUCAAACCAGGAUUUCUAAUGGGGAAAAGCUGUCGACAACCUGGGACAGACUCUAGUUGGCAUGUUUCCAGGGUAAGCUGAUUGCUGGCAGAGGCCAGUCAGGGCAGCUUGUCCUUGAGGGGACCAACAGGGGCAUCAAAGGGAACCCUUUCUGUUGUUUUGAGGAGUCUGGCAUUCAGCUGUGAGGCCGGUGCAACCUCCUCCAGUACUGCCCAUCAGCACCUCCCCUUGGGGCCAGACUGGUGCUAUUUCCUGCAGAAUUCGAGGCCCUGCCAACCCCCAAACUGUCCUCCACCUGCACCUCCUACCCCUGCCUCAGAGGCAGCUCGCCUCCUGCAGGGCAAAACCCUCCUUGUCUCCACUGGAGUCCACUUGCAUGCAAAGUCUAGGAGAAAAGCUCUCCUGUCCUGACUCCCAUGUCUUCUGCUUCCUCUAGCUGGGCACAGCCACCAAACUAGCUCAAUAAAACUGGUGCUAAAUGUGA